AUGGGCGCGCUCUGCCUGCUCUACCCAUCCACGCCGCCGCCCUGCCCAUGCGGCGCCCGCGCGACCGCGGCCGCGGCCGCGCCUUCCCCUUUCUUCUCCUGUGCUGCCACCGCUGCCGCCACAAGGCUGCAGCUCUGCGGCAGGAGCCAGAGGCGCGCCGGAGUGGCGCGGGUAGGUGGCGGCGGCGGGGGCAAGGGGGAGAGUGGCAAGAGCGGCGCGGCGGCGUUCUUUGAUGAGGAUGGGGUGGUGGACGACAUGGAUGGGUACCUCAACUACCUGUCCCUCGAGUACGACUCUGUCUGGGACACCAAGCCUGCCUGGUGUCAGCCUUGGACAAUAUUGCUUACGGGAACUGUGGCGGUCGCCUGUAGUUGGGUGCUUAUCCAAUCUGUUGUAAUUACUGCUGGAGCUUCUUUUGUAAUAUGUGCAUGGUGGUACAUAUUUCUCUACUCCUACCCUAAGGCAUACACCGAGAUGAUAGCAGAGAGGAGAAGAAAGGUAGCCAGUGGAGCUGAAGAUACCUACGGCAUGGAGAAACUCCAGUGA